CACAAGGAAAAGUCAGCAGCUUUUAUUAGUAUCACAGGACUGCUCAGUGUUACUGACCUAUGUCCACAAAAUUAUCCUUAUCAUUUGCUUAUCGCGUCUUGCCUUCUCGUAUAUUGUUCCUUGGCUCUACAAACAGCACAAGUCUGUGUGUUCUGUGUACUUCAAUUUGUUGAAUACCAGCACCCUGCCCUCUGCGAGGAGUGCUCAGUGUUCAAGGUUCAGGAAGAUAACGAGAGGUGAGUGGCUGACGCAUAGCUCGUGUUAUGUUACCAGAGGCUCAUAUCAGAUUACUGUAUAGACAGCAGGUAGGGUGAAACCGAAGCUGUGUUCAGAUCGCUGUGGCUUAAAACAAACCAGGAACUGGGACUAACAAAGGAGUUUUAAAGAAGCUAGAAAGCUAACAGAGGGCUUCCUUUUGUUUUAAGAAGAGCAUUACCAUGGGUAAGAAGACACAACACUGUCUGCUGCUUUUGCUGUAUCUGUCAGGGCUUGUUCACUGUUCAGCUGCCUUUGUGUUUUGGACCGCCAUGGUGGAAAUAAGCUAUGUUAACAACAACAAUGAGACUGUAGAAAAAUAUUGUGAGUGUGGGGUGUAUGGUCGUAACUCUCCCCUAGAGAAAGUCUCAGGUGUUGUUGUAGUCCCCAAGGGAGACCCCAAAGGCUGUGGCCCAGAUCCUGUUUACAACCGUAAUUUCAGCUCGCCACCCUGGAUAGCCCUGGUGAAGAGGGGCAACUGUACCUUCAGUGAGAAGAUCAAUGCUGCCAAACGUCAAGGAGCAGCUGGUGUGGUGGUGUAUAAUGAGGAUGGCAAAGGCAACACCACCACUCACAUGGCACACUCAGACGCAGCUGGCAUUGUGGCUAUCAUGAUUGGCAACACUCAAGGCAUGGAGGUUGUCAAGUUGGUGAAGAAUGGGACAGAUGUGAAUAUGGCUAUUGAACUAGGCAGCCCGCAUGGGCCCUGGAUGGACACAUACUGGCUUUACUUCCUGUCCAUCGCCUUCUUCAUUGUGACAGCAGCCUCAAUCGCCUACUUUGUCUUUAUCUCUGCAAAUCGUCUCUACAAUCUGAACAUGCAUCGGCGCACUGAGAGGAAGCUGAAAUCUGAGGCAAAGAAGGCAAUUGGGCGUCUACAAGUACGCACACUCAAGAGAGAUGAUGAGGAAACUACCUCUGACUCCCAUAUGUGUGCUGUGUGUAUCGAAUCCUACAAGGCAGGUGAAGUGGUGACAGUCCUAACAUGUGAUCACAUCUUCCAUAAAGCCUGCAUUGAGCCCUGGCUGCUGGAGAGGAGAACCUGCCCCAUGUGUAAGUGCGACAUCCUAAAGGCACUGGGGGUUGAGGAGGAAACAAAGGAGAGCAUUUCUACUGAUUCGCCACCAGAUGUCACUGUGAUUACAGUGGCAGGAGGAGACACCCUCUAUGAAGUCCCACUGACUGACCCAGUGAGCCCUGACCCAGAGAGACAUCAGCAUCGCUAUGACAACAGGGCCUAUGAGGAAGACUUGGAGGCCACAAGAGGAUGAACAACAGCAACAGAAACAAAACAGCAACUAACCAGGGCAUAGUCAAACUCCCUGUUUGAAAUAGAUAUUCUUGGAUGAACUGAACCAGCACUAUGGAAUCAAGCUAUAAUCUUCCAACAGGAGAGACUCUGUUCAUCUUGUAAUGCAGGCAUGCUAAAGUAGAUUUUUUUUAAUUCCAAAGAUUUUAAAUUUUAAUGGACCAUGUAUAAUUAGUUGGAUGCCACUGCAUUUUCUUUAUGUCUGUCUUGGUGCAAGUAUCUAAUUACUGGUGAUUGUUGGGUGUGUUCAUAAAGCUACCUUUAAAUGGUUAGAGUAAACUGUGAAAGCUGAGUUGUUGUGGAGAGACGCCAGUGUCAAAUUUCUGUUUUUGCAUUGUAAACACACUGGUUAAGGAGGAAGUGCAGCAAAGCAUUUGAAUGUCUGUUUGAAAUUGAGGCCAAAUUUCCUCUAACAAAAGGCUUGUUAGGUUGCGUUGCUCACAGUCUCUCACAAUUAACCACUGCCUUUUGAAAUCAGAGCAGAAUUUAUUUCUCUUGAUUCAGUUGAUUCAUUUCUGAUCUUUUUGAAUUGGAGUAUGUUUAACCAUCUUUACUGUUGGGUUGUCAAACUGGACAACCUCGCAAACACACCCUUAUGAACACACCCUUGACUGGAAACACAGCAUAACACACAUUGCACUAUGAUGAGGUAAUAACAGCACCUGAGGGGCUAGAACUCUUUAGAAAUAUGGUCUGUGGGAAGAUGUUUACCACAUAUGAAAUAAGGAUUUCAAGUCCUUUAUAAUUUUCUGGCUGGUCUAUAGCUACUUUUGAGAGACAGAAAGUCCCACUGAAAACACAGCAUGCAAUAAAUGUCACAGGAACUGAUGAUAUGUAAUAUAUGUAUAUGAUAGAUGAUAUGCCUCCAAAAAUGUUAUCUUGGCUGUUGGAUAGGUGAAAAUUAUGUGUUCUGGUUUUUGAAAUGAUAUAUAUUGAGGCUGAUUUAUCAAUCAUUAAGUUCUAACUGUUGAUAUGAUAUGAAGGUAAUAUAUAAUUUAUGUAUAGUCCAUUUCAUUCUCUGAACAGUUGAUUUUCACAUACAAGCACAAAUUGUUAUUUUUGAGAAAAGUCUUCCAGGUUUUUCCUUUGAAUUAUUUGGAAUGUUUAUUGAAUCCUUGUGGUCUACCUCUGAACUCUCACGUGGGUAAAAUAUGGAAACAUGUUUUAGAUUCUUGCAAUUCCAAGAUUGUGUGUUCAUUUGUAAAUGAUAAAGCUAAAGAGUUAUUUCAUUCCUUUGUUUACUGGUGGGGAUAUAUGGAUUAUGGUACUUAAUGUAUUUUUCCAAUACUAAAUCAUUUUCACUACUGUUUUACAGAUUCCAGGAGUCUUAAAUUGUUCUGUAAAAAUGAAUAUGACUUGCUGUAUUAAAUCACAUUGAUGCUUAUUAGUAUGCAAUAAAUUCCUCAAAAUGAGGCCAACUUA